GGAAAGUAUGAGCAGGUUGGAUGUAAAUUUUGGUUAGAAAUUUAGAAUAGCUAGCGAUGGCAGGAGCUCUGCUGGGCACUUGUUUCUCAUCUGCUUCUCUCUCGAUAAAUACUAGGGAAUUCAGAAUCGGCAGCUCUGCUUCUACUCCUCCCUCCAAACCCAAUUUCACUUGCUUUAGAGUCAGAGCUAUCAAAGAAAAAACUGAGGAAAUCAGAACCCCCUCUCCUUCUCCAUCUUCUUCACCUUCAGCACAGGAAAUUACGGAGAAAUUUGGACUUGAAGCUGGUCUCUGGAAGAUAUUCAGCUCAAAAGAUGAAGAAAAGGAAGGAGGCAAAAGAGAGAAAUCAAAAGGAGAAGAAGCCAAGGAGCUGCUAGCAAAAUAUGGGGGAGCAUACCUGGCCACCUCCAUUACUCUCUCCUUGAUCUCCUUCUCCCUCUGUUAUGCACUAAUCAAUGCAGGAGUGGAUGUCCAAGCUCUGUUGCAAAAGGUGGGAAUAUCUGUGGAUGCGACUGGGGAGAAAGUGGGGACGUUUGCAUUGGCAUAUGCUGCACAUAAGGCUGCAUCUCCUAUAAGGUUCCCACCCACCGUAGCUCUCACUCCCAUCGUGGCCAGCUGGAUUGGGAAGAAAGUUGACAAGGAGAAUUAACUUGUAUGCGUAUGACUACCUCCUCCUACCUCCUACCUCCUACCUCCUACCUCCUACCUCCUAAUGUAAUAUGCUCUCUGUUUUUCUUUUUUAAUAUGAAAUCAUUCUUUUCAUAGUAAUGUCGAUGCUUCUGCCCGCCUGAACGAGAGUACAACUUUGCUUUCACAAUAAUCUGAAUCCUUCAAAAUUUUAUGUCAAGGCCAUCAAUUUUUUUA